CUCACCAUGGGCGCGGAAGGGUUUGUUGCGCCGUUGCUGGGCGCAUUGCAAGCCUGCGUGUCCGUCCUACUUACCAUCUGCUACGGAGUCGCGGCUCAGCGAUUACAAUUGAUGCACAAAGAAUCGAUUGACGAUAUGGCAUGUCUGAGCGUCAAACUCUUCCUACCUGCGUUGAUUGUUGUGCAUUUGGGCGAGCAAUUGCAUGCUGGGAAUAUGUUGAACUAUGUUCCUGUCUUGGUUUGGUCAUUUAUUUACACCGGCAGCUCGAUCGGAUUUGCAUACGUCGUCUCGAAAGUACUCAAACUUCCGCCCUGGGUUACACCGGCUUGCGCCUUCAACAACACCACGUCACUCCCGUUGCUUCUCUUACAGUCUCUGGAAAGCGUUGGAAGUCUGCACCCGAUUGUUCGCGGUGAAGAUACCGUCCCGGAUGCCAUUCGUCGGGCUCAAAGUUACUUCCUCGUUUGCGCUGUGGUCAGCAAGACUAUUGGAUACGCUGUUGGACCUGGGCUGCUCGAAACCCAGACCAACAAUGACAAUGGACAAGGUAGACGCGUAUCAGAAGCAGAACAGGGUGAUGCUGAGUCGCAACAUGCUUCAGCAGCGGAGCAGGAGGAUGUCAAUGAGGAGACUUCUCUACUCCCGGACCGCGCACACAAAACAGGUCGUCAGAUUCGCAGUCAGAUCAAGCACUACGGGGGAUGUAUUACGUCUUGCCUCCCGAAACGGGUCAAGCAACGACUACUGGCACCAUUCGAGUCCCCCUUUGCAGAUGUCAUGAUUACUUGUACGACUGUCGGUGUGAUAUUGGGAUCUGUUCCACAAUUACACAAGGCAUUCUUCAACCACUCAGAUGAUGGUGGUAUAUUCAACGCAUGGUUAACCUCCAGCGUCAAGAAUAUUGGCCAGUUAUUCACAACGCUUCAAAUCUUCAUCGUCGGAGGAAAACUAGGUCUCAGCUUCGAACGGAUGAAAGGUGGCACUGGUCGUAUUCCGUUCAGGGCGAUUUUGACUAUCUUCCUCGUUAGAUUGGUUCUAUGGCCUGCAAUCAGCAUUUCCGUCAUCUAUGCUUUGGCCAAGGGAACCAACAUCCUCCAAACCGAUCCGAUUCUCUGGUUCAGUAUGAUGCUCAUGCCUGCUGGACCGCCGGCGUUGGUGAUAUCAGGAUUAGCUGAAUUGGCUAAGAUUCCUGAGACGGAGGAGAUUGAAGUUGCGAAGACGUUGACGAUCAUGUAUGCAUUGUCGCCGUUUGUAUGUCUGUCGAUUACGGGAGCGUUGAAAGCUUCUCAAGCUGCGUUGGAGGCGAGGAGUUCAUGAGGUUGGUAAUUGUACGAUAUUGUAUAUAUUGCAUAGGAGCUUGUUACGGAGUUCCAAGUAGUAUGUUAAAAAAAAAAAAAGAUCCAAU